GCCCGCCCCACAGCAGCCGGAGGGUGCUGCGGCGGCUGAAGCCCGAUCGAUGCCGGGAGCUCGGAGGAGGCGGCGGCGCUGCUGAGUGAGGGGGGGCGGCCCCGCCCGGAGAUGGGGAUUCUCAGCAUCACGGACCAGCCUCCUCUGGUCCAAGCCAUCUUUAACCGUGACAUAGAGGAGGUACGGUCAUUGCUGAGUCAGAAGGAGAACAUCAAUGUUUUGGACCAAGAGAGACGAACCCCUUUGCAUGCAGCUGCAUACUUGGGAGAUGCCCCUGUUGUUGAACUCCUAAUACUAUCAGGUGCUAACGUUAAUGCAAAGGACACCCUUUGGCUAACCCCGUUACACCGUGCUGCAGCUUCUCGCAAUGAGAAGGCACUUAACCUCCUCCUAAAGCACUCGGCAGAUGUCAACGCUCGCGACAAGUAUUGGCAAACACCGCUGCAUGUUGCUGCUGCCAACAGAGCCACCAAGUGUGCUGAGGCUAUCAUCCCCUUGCUUAGUAGCGUUAACGUGGCCGACCGCACUGGCCGCACAGCACUGCACCAUGCCGUACACAGUGGGCACAUUGAGAUGAUAAACCUGCUCUUAAAUAAAGGGGCCAAUCUGAGCACAUGCGACAAGAAGGAGAGACAGCCAAUACAUUGGGCAGCCUUCCUUGGGCAUUUGGAAGUCUUGAAGCUGCUUGUGGCCCGAGGAGCUGAUGUUACGUGCAAAGACAAGAAGGGUUAUACACUGCUGCACACAGCUGCUGCCAGCGGCCAGAUUGAAAUUGUGAAACACUUGCUGAGGCUUGGAGUUGAGAUUGAUGAACCAAAUUCCUUUGGCAACACUGCACUUCACAUUGCCUGUUACAUGGGUCAGGAUGCCGUGGCCAAUGAACUGGUCAACUAUGGCGCCAAUGUCAAUCAGCCCAAUGAGAAGGGCUUCACCCCCCUGCACUUUGCUGCCGUCUCCACCAACGGAGCCCUGUGCCUGGAACUUCUUGUUAAUAAUGGAGCUGACGUGAACUUUCAGAGUAAAGAAGGGAAGAGUCCUUUGCACAUGGCAGCCAUUCAUGGACGGUUUACACGCUCUCAGAUUCUCAUACAAAAUGGCAGUGAGAUUGACUGCGCUGACAAAUAUGGCAAUACCCCCCUCCACGUUGCUGCUAGAUACGGCCAUGAGCUGCUAAUUAGUACUUUGAUGACGAAUGGUGCUGAUACUGCAAGGCGUGGGAUCCAUGACAUGUUCCCCUUGCACUUAGCUGUUCUCUUUGGAUUCUCAGACUGUUGUCGUAAGCUACUUUCCUCAGGUCAGUUGUACAGCAUCGUCUCCUCACUUAGCAAUGAGCACGUGCUGUCUGCAGGCUUUGAUAUCAAUACGCCAGAUAACCUCGGGAGAACAUGCCUCCAUGCUGCUGCUUCCGGAGGGAAUGUUGAAUGUCUUAACUUGCUGUUGAGCAGCGGAGCUGACUUGAGGAGGAGAGAUAAGUUUGGAAGGACUCCUUUGCACUACGCAGCCGCUAAUGGCAGCUAUCAGUGUACAGUGACACUUGUCACUGCCGGAGCCAGUAUUAAUGAAGCUGACUGUAAAGGCUGCACCCCCUUACAUUAUGCUGCUGCUUCAGACACUUACAGGAGAGCUGAGACUCAUUCAGGAAACAGCCAUGACACUGACGAAGAGCCACUGAAGGAGUCGCGACUGAAGGAGGCAAUCUUUUGUUUAGAGUUCUUAUUGGAUAACGGUGCUGAUCCAUCUCUCCGGGACAAGCAGGGAUACACUGCUGUUCAUUACGCAGCUGCCUAUGGCAACAGACAGAACCUUGAGUUGCUCCUGGAAAUGUCUUUUAACUGCCUGGACGAUGUGGAAAGCACCAUUCCUGUCAGCCCUUUGCACUUAGCUGCCUAUAAUGGUCACUGUGAAGCCCUGAAGACACUUGCCGAAACCCUGGUGAACCUGGAUGUACGGGACCACAAAGGGCGGACGGCUCUGUAUCUUGCCACGGAGAGGGGCUCCACAGAGUGUGUGGAGGUGCUCACCAGUCAUGGUGCUUCUGCUCUUGUGAAGGAAAAGAAGAAGAAGUGGACACCCCUACAUGCUGCAGCUGCCUAUGGGAAUACGGAUUCCCUACAUCUUCUCAUUGACAGUGGGGAGAGAGUCGACAUCACAGAUGUCAUGGACCUCCAUGGACAAACCCCGUUGAUGUUGGCAAUCAUGAAUGGCCAUGUAGAUUGUGUCCAUCUCUUAUUAGAGAAGGGAUCCACAGUGGAUGCAGCUGACAGAAGAGGCAGGACUGCACUGCACCGAGGGGCGGUGACUGGCUGUGAAGACUGCCUUGCAGCACUGCUGGACCAUGAUGCCUUUGUAUUGUGUCGGGAUUUCAAGGGCCGGACCCCAAUCCAUUUUGCCUCGGUGUGUGGGCAUUCUGAAAUCCUGAGGACCUUGCUGCAGGCAGCGCUCUCUACUGACCCUCUGGACUCUGUGGUGGACUAUAGUGGCUACUCACCAAUGCACUGGGCUUCUUACAGUGGGCAUGAAGAUUGUCUUGAAUUGUUACUUGAACACAAUCCAUUUGCAUACCUAGAAGGAAAUCCCUUUACUCCAUUGCACUGUGCAGUAAUUAACAACCAGGAUGGCACUGCUGAAAUGCUUGUGGAAGCAUUGGGUGCCAAGAUUGUUAAUAGCAGAGAUGCCAAAGGAAGGACCCCCCUUCACGCUGCUGCCUUUGCAGACAACAUCCAUGGUUUACAACUGCUUUUGCGCCACCAGGCUGAGGUAGAUGUGACAGACCAAUUGGGAAGGACCCCUCUGAUGAUGGCUGCUGAGAAUGGCCAGAUGGCCGCCGUUGAGUUUUUGCUGUACAGAGCAAAAGCAGAUUUAACUGUGCUGGAUGUCAACAAGAACACAGCUCUUCACCUGGCCUGCAGUAAGGGUCAUGAAAAGUGUGCCUUGUUGAUUCUGGGGGAAACCCAAGACCUUGGCCUUAUCAAUGCAACUAACAGUGCUCUGCAGAUGCCGCUCCACAUUGCAGCUCGAAAUGGAUUGGCCUCUGUUGUUCAGGCUCUGCUGAGCAGAGGUGCCACUGUGCUUGCUGUGGAUGAAGAAGGUGCGUAUUCUUCAAACCUGGAAGCUCUUCUGGGCCAUACCCCAGCCUUGGCUUGCGCCCCCAACAAAGACGUUGCUGACUGCCUGGCACUUAUCCUUUCCACCAUGAAGCCUUUUCCACCUAAAGACGCCAUCAGCCCUUUCAGCUUCAACCUCCUCAAGAACUGCGGUAUUGCUGCUAAAACGGCAGCCUGCAGUGCCCUGCCCAACGGGAACAGCUGCCCUUACACCAAGGAUAGGCACAAUGCCAUCGGCUUAGAUGGUUGUUACUCGGAGUAGCUUAAAAACCAUGAUGGGUGAUCUAAUACCUUCUAUUUAUUUAGGAAUUCUAUAAAUAUAGGACACUUUAAAGGAGAACAAGACUGUGCUGGGCCUUCUAAAAUGGCCUAGAAACCAAAAAAAUAAAGAAAAGGAUGUCAGCAUCUACUUCCUGUCUAGACUUUGACCACUAGAAUCUCUUACCAUUCAAAUGAAUUAACAUUAAUUUGACUCUCAAAUGGAUUCAUAGUCUUCAAAUUCCAGUUCUUAAAAGUAUUAUUUUUCAGUAAUUCUGCUUAUAAUUAGCCUCUUAAUCCUGAAAAAUCUGCUUAGCUUAUGCUUUUUUCUGCCCUUUAUCAAAUUGUAUUUCCUAUUGCUUCUGGGUCCAUGACCAUGUAGAUUCCUUAAAUGGCCAGCCAUUUCAACUCCAGAUCCUCUGGCUUCGUGCUUUUGAGAAAAAGAUGAAGGCCAAACUAAAGUAAUUGCUCUCAGUUGGGGUGGCAGACUUGCACCCUCUUAAAAUGGAUCAUUCCAGGUGUGCCAUCCUCCUGGUUUCCUCUCUUUUUGUUAUAACUUUCUUUUGACUGGUAACAUCAAAAACAUUCUCUUUAUGGGUCAUGCAGUCUAGACAAGGAGCAGAAGCCUGACUUGCUUCUUGGUUUGAUUUGGCAGUAACAGUGUGAUCAGUGAGGGACCGCUAAGAAGGGCAGCAGCUCCUGGCAAAGUGCCACUAUAACUGCUCCUUCCUUUAUGGUAAUUUUUGUUUGUUUGUUAUUUACCCUUUUUUGAUUCCAGUGAAAACACUUGAAUUGAGAACUACUGUACCUGGGACACUAUGAUACCUUAGGCAGCUUGUAUUCCCUUGUAUGCAAAAUGGGUGCUGUUGUCCAACUGAUGCGGUCAUCUCUGAUAACUUGCGUAUGCGCUGCUAGAAUGAUCCCUACCAUAUCAGGCACUUUAGGGAUUUUCUCUUUUUGGAGGCUGAUUUUUGUGGGGAGGGUGGGAGGGGUUACAAAAUGUUGGAUCCCCAGAGAGAAUUUCCUUCAUGGUUCCUUCCCUCUUCUCUAUGUUGUGCAGUGUUUCCAUAAUAGACAAGUCAGUGUUGCUUUAAAAAAAAGAAAAUAAAUUAUUUAUAGAGACAUAGGCAUCUAUCUUUUAAAAAAUAGCAAAAAAGAGCUUUCUGCAAGGAAAACAAUGCACUUCAGAACCUUACAAUCCUACACUUGUAUUUAUAAUUUUUCCCACUGGAAUGUCAUCCAGCCAGUUCCAUUAGCGCGUGUAUGUAUGUAUGUAUGUAUGUAGAUGUGUCCAUGGGUAGGGUUAGAAUGUGCAUUUGUUUUUAUUUUAAAAAUUAUAUUUAUUAUACAUUUGAGUGUAUGCACUGUUUUUCUUUUGUACUGUAAAUUCUAUCAUGUGUAGAAACUAACAAAAAAUUACCAUAUCACAAGUAUGUUCAAAGCCAAAGAUUGGGAUGUAGCAAUCGAGUGAGGGCUGCCAGGGCAAACAUUUUUGAUCCAACAAUCUUUUCCACCUGUUUCCCAGUCCCACCGCACUGUACUGCUUGGACUGCAGUUGGCAGACCGGAUAAGAUUCAUAGGAUGAACUAUUCCAAGAUGUUGCAUGUCUGGACCAGUGAACUGUUAGGGCUCCUAACCCUGUGAAAAAACGAGUUUCUCUGCUCCCCAGCCAUCGCCCCUCUCAGAAUCAGCUAAACUGUUGAGGACAAAAUAUGAGCCAGCUGUGUGCUUGAGCCACCUUGCUGUGUGGUGCAUUUGACACCUUUAAUGUGUAUAUAUGAAUUACUGCUUCUUCAACCAAAAACCUAAAUUGAAAGCUGGUCCUCCGCUCUUCAUUUUUCACUGACCUUUAGAAGAAAGUGGACACUGAUGCCUUGCUCACCUGGGUACUGCCCAGCUUUCCAAAACAGGAAAUUGGAAACCAGCCAGCAUUGGGUGGAUGGCUGGUGGGGAGGACCACUUAAAAGAGGAGCUUAAUCCAGAUGCAAGAAAGGCAAAGAUAGAACUUGACAAUGAGAAAACCCUUCCCCUCCUUUGGGCACUGUUUAAUUGACCAAAGCCAAACUCCUAGAGCCAAAUAUUAAAACUGCAAUCUUGUCCUUUGGUGAACAGUGCAUUUUAAAAAGAUAUUCUUAACUCUCACCAUUUUUUCCUUUGUUUAAUCCCCACCAAAUGGACGUUGUCUUCCCCACAAAUCACUGCAUAUCGUUCUGUGUCAGCUCUUUAAGCACUAGCUUGACAUUUUGUUGAUUUGCUGCAUACGGAUAGGCUGCAAAUAUUGGGGGCCUUAAGGUAGCGAGUUCUAGUCUUCUAUCGUACCCAGCCAUUUCCUUCAACUAAGCCUUCCACAAAGACUAGGGCGCUACUAGCUUAGCUGUUUUUCUUUCUUUGAUGCCCAAGGAAUCUUGAGAGAGCUUUCCACUUUGCAGCUGCUAAAUCUGAGCUUAUUAAGGUUUUAAUGCACUUGCCAAAAAGCACAGCAACAGCCUGCUGCGAAUUGGCCAUUAGUUUCUUAGCUGCACUAUGGUCGGGUUAGUUUUCUUUGCCCUCAGUUGCUUCAAGUUCUCUACCUUGAAAGAAAGUGUUAACCUUUCUACACCAAAUACCUCAAGUCAGAAUAGAAAUGAACAAAACUUGAAAUAAAGAUCCCCCUUCUUCCCAGAACCCCAUUUUUUAAUACUAAAUGGUCCUUUUCAGCCCUCUGGGGAGAAAGAGAGAGAAAGAGAGAGAGAGAGAGCUGAAAAUAUUUUUUUUUUACAACCUUGUUUACAUUGCUUAUAGGUACUAGCAACUUGUAGCUACUUUUAAAUUGCCUAAUAUUGUUUUAGCCUCCUAAGCAUGUUCCUCCUGCCCCUGCUAGAUAAGGGGGAAUGAGAAGGAAGAUUGUAUAGAAGUAAGUCUGAAGCCACACCUUGUCUUUUUUCUUUAAGGGCUAACGCUGAUCCUCCUUUUAGGACCAGAAACUUUUCUGGAAGGCCUUUGGGACUGAGAUAUUUACUGGAAAAUGGGGAGGGGGGUUACAAUUUAUUAGUUCUUGUGCUAUGAUUUGGAAAACUAACUGAUCUUCAAGUCCUCUGUUUCAUGACUUGGGAGCCACUGCUGGCUCUACUCUCACCUGUACCAGGCAACAGGUACUUUUUUUUUUUUUUUUUAAGAAACCCAAGGGGGAGUGUAUUCCUGUUAAGAAAGCAUAAUGAAACAUAGCUUACCCCAGAAUAGCAGCAUUUCUGCUCCCAUGCAUUGAAUCGGGGGUGAUGCCUGGCGUAUUUAUAGCAGUUUUUGAGGCGAAGAGAGCCUCAGAGGUUAACGAAGCAUAGAGACAGGGAGAUCAAACUUUUUUAGUAGCACAGUUCUUUGAACAUCAGGUAUGCCUAUCAUAAUUUUAUCUUUUCUUUUUUUUUAAGGAACUAGAAAUAGCAGUCGGGGGGAACAAAAAUGGGGGUAGGUUUUCCAAGAUCAUUUCAAAAUGAGGAAAUCUCCUAGCUCUAGUGUUACGUGGAUUACACUUGCUUUUUUAUUUUAUUAGGAUUGUAGCGGGUUGUUACGCAUGUUUUCAUUUUAUUAAUUGAGGAAAAAUAAUAAGCUGACACUUGAUCGUUUUUUAAAAAUAUAUACUUGCUGAUAAUAUGUUCCUUUCCUCACACGUCAACAUAAACAUUCAAUAUAUGACAAUCAAUGUGAUCUCUUCAAGGGCUUCAGCGUUCUUAGCUCUGUAGCAUCAUGGUUUUAUAUUUCUUACAUUCAAUCCCCCUUUUUUUUUCUUUAAAAAUAAUGUUGAUGAAGAAAAUGGAAUGGAAAAAAUUCCAGCAGCGCAUACAUGAAUUAAGCUUUGUUUCUUUGUUUUUUGUGAUAAAGUGGUUUCUUGUAAAUUGGGUGGGUGUUGAAGAAAUGUGGCCAGUUAUGUUGUAGUCAGCAGUCUUGUUCUCCUUUAAUGCUGUAACAUGUACAUUUUGACAGCACAGCUUGACAAUUUAAGUAAUAAUCAAAGUGUCUGGUGGUAAUAACUUGCAUUAUUGUGCUAAGAUGAGAGUUGGUUUCCCUAGUGCAUUGUCAAAGGGGGCUGGAGGCAAACUUCCUUUUUUACUUCCUGUCCUCUCUCCCUGCUCCCUCAGCCCACCUGCCUUCCUGCCCAGUAUUGUGCAAGCACAUUUCGCUUAAACGUGCAGUAUUUUAUGUAGAGUCGGGAAAGUGGAAUGGUGUUUCCGUGAGCAGAAGUUGUAACAGGUUCUUGCUUAAAGUUCGUUCUCAUUGCCGCCUCCUUAGGAAUGGCACAGAGCCUGGCCAUGUAUCUUUCUCUGGACCUCCAAAGGGCCUGCUUCUGAGUUUUCUGGGGGGGGUUUCCCCCAUUUGUUUCAAGAGCAAUUGUUGGGCUUCCCUCUUUAAACCCCCUUAAAUAAGGAAGUUUCUCUCCAACCACCUUUCUCCAAAGCACUUGCUUUACAAGUAAAAAAUAAGCACUUUUGUUUAAAAGCAUGAGGGUCUCCGUUCCCCCUUUUAUAGCAACCCAUUAAGAGAAAGGCCAGCAAGGGGAAAUGGGAUCAGGAGGCAUCUGUGUUUGUUUUUGUUUUCCUUUGUUUGUUUGAGUGGGCGGGAGGGCAGAUAAUUCUUUAAUUAACUUCGAUGUCUCUAGAGAAUUAAUGAACAAAGGGAAGUUGUGUAUUUCAAAAAAAAAACCAACAGCACAAAUACAUUUCAGCUUGAAAAGUGUAUUUGCACUGCCAUUGUUAGAUAACUGGGCCACCCGCUGGGAGCCCUGCUGAGCCAUAUAACUAUUGACAAACACUGAAUGUAAAUGUCCUUGUAGAGGGCAAGUACUGGGAAGCUAUAAAUUGACCUUACGUUCCCAAAUGGGCACUUCAAUGAAUUUGAAAGAACUAGUCCUGAGAAAAUGAUGCUGUUCUUUUUUUACCCCUUCACUUUCCUUUUCUUUUUUCCUUUCUUUUUCGUGCCCAAGUUGCUGGAGAUUAAGAAGAGAUUCGUUUGUUUUAUUCCUAUGAUUGCUAUCCUUUUGAAACUUCCUUUGCCCCCAAAAGUAGUAUGAAAUCAUGGCAUGUAGACACACACGCACUGCUCUACAAUAAGAGAGUAAUGAUGACUGGAUUGGUGCCUGUAUCCUAGAAGGUGAGGUGUAAAUUAGCAUCCGGAACACCUGUCUGCUGUCCACAGUAGGUGCUUUGCUUCCAAGGGUGGUUUUCAAACUGUUCCCUGGACCCUGAGGGAUAUUCACAGAACUUCUUGAUGGGAAGAUCUGUAAUGCUGAACAGGAUGCCUGUCAGGCAGCUCACCUGUUGCUGGGGAACUUCUCCUGUGCUGCUCAGCUGCAGAGAAGAGUUGGGCACAAACCUUCGAGGACAUCAGCUUAUUCCAGCAAAGCCAGGCUGCUUCCCAGUAUGGAGCAAGGGUAGACCCAAAGGCACACUGUGCCAGGCCUUCCUUGGAAGGGAGAUUAAUGUAAGGGGUCCCCUGUGGGUAGAAAUGCAGAAUUUCAGCUGACUGGAGAUGCUCGGGAUCAACUGCAUACCUUUGUGUGUGUGUGCGUGUUUGUGCGUGUGUGUUUUCUUUGGUUUAGCAGCUAACAGAAGAAGCCCAAUAGCCCCCCAUCCCUUCACACAGGCACACACACUGAUGGGUACAAGGAAUGUGUGUUUAUACAUUUCUCGCCUGCAUUUCUCCCUAUCCCCAUACUUUGUCUAAAUAAAAUACUUCAUGUACAAAAAUUGUGUCAUUCACCCCUGGUUAGACAUUUGCCUAAUAGUGCCAAAGCUCCACAAAAUCAGAGACUAAAGGGAUUGGGAAUCUGUAAUCUUUUAAAGGUUUUCAGAUAUGGUAUAUUGUUUUUUACAACCCAUUCUAGCUGUAAGCCCAACUUACCUUUGCCUUGAUGGUUUUUUCUAAGUACAGCAAAAUAAAAGGGGUGGUGGGAAAACUGCAUUAGAAACACAGUUGUGAAAACCUUGGAGUGUUCAGUUAAUUCCUUUUCUAUUGUCUUGAGUUUUUCUGAGUGAUUCAACAUUGACCACGUGGUGUUUUAGAAACAAAAUUGGCUUCAGCACAAUUUAAAACUCUCCAUUUAGGUGAAAGGGAAGGUUGGGAUGUGUAGAAAUUUCCCAGUUGAAACAAGAAAGACAUUAAUGGUAGUAGGGUUUCCUGUGAACUUUGGAGUGAUGGCUUGAUUUAAAUCAUGAACAUUGGGUCAAAGAAAAAUCCUUGAUGUUGUAAUAGAUAGAAAAUAAUCCAGGGUUGGGUGGGGAAUGACUCUUUAAAGACUCUUUAAGGCAUCUGUAGCAAGUUCUUGGUGUCUUUCUUUUAGUAUCCUCUGUGUAAAUGCUGCACCUAUGUAUUUUAUGCACAUAAACAUUUCUUUGAAUAAGAUAGGACAGACCUCAUCACCAGUCAGGUAUAAACUUCUCUUUCUCUUCUGUGUGUCAGUUUUCCAGAUUGCGUGUUUGUGCGUGUGUGUAUGUAUGUGUGCGUAUCUGUGUGCAAUGAGCAUCUUUUCAAAUUCACUUUUGGUGCAAAAACAAAAGGGAUUAAAAGAAACAGAAAAAAUAGCCUUACUUUUAACUCCAAUCUUAUUAGUUUGUCAACUUGAAUAUAAUAAAGCAAAAUUGCAUGGAAGUCUUUGCAAUGAGAUGAGCCUCGUGUAUAAGGUGGAUGGCAGUAAACUUUUCCUAAGCAAAAAAAGAGUAUGCAAUUUCAGCCACACUUGGCUCCUCCUAAAUAUCCUGCUUUGUUUUCUUCGAAGAUUGGCGCAGGGGGGUUGAUUACGCCAGCUUGUGCCUGCUUUGCCUUUCCAAAACCUUUGGGGGGUUCUCCCUCCCCGUACUGACCAGAAGAGAGACCUUUUAGCACUGCAUGAAUAACCUCAUAUUGUAUUAUUCUUUUUUCGUGAGACCAGCAUUUCCAGAAGGUGGCAAGACUUUGAAAUCCUCUUCAGACAUUAGCUAGCAGGCCGUGUUUGCAUACUGGAGGCACUGUCUGUGGCCUUGUCCCUCUGUUUGGGGCACUCUAAGGGCUUGGGAAUGGAAAGAAAGGCUGUUACUUUAAGCCAGUUUUGCACUGGACAUAGCAAAGAAAAGUCCAGCCAGAGCUAGUCUAGCAAUCAGGAGUACGAGAACCCACCACUGCUUGUGGCAGUAACUGGAAAUGAGGAGCACACCUUUUGUGCAAAGGGCAGCUGGAAGCCCCAAGACCAAGCAGUUUGCAAAACAUAUUCCUUCUGUGGCCUCUUAAGAUACUGCCUCAGUGUUUCCUGUUGUCUCACCUGCACUGGUGCUUGCUGCGUGUUGGGUCGAGCUACAGAUCACGCUCCAGCGCAGAGGUCACUUGUCAGUAGUCUUGUCAGUAGGUGAGACUGCCUCAGGAGAAAGCAGGACUUGUCCUGAGCUCGAGAGGCCAUUCCAGUGGUCACUGGCUUGGAUUGUGGAGUCUGCUUAGCUGUCGCCUCCUCUACAUAACUUGCUCUUGAAUGAUGCAUGGAAGCAGUUCUCUGCAGUUGUGCUCCUUUGAUUGAAACACAACUAGUAACCCUGCUGGAGGUAGAACAGGGGACAGCAGGGAGGAGGCAUCCAAGAAAACCUUAAAGCCUUGAGGACAAGUCUUGUGUCAGGAAGAAAUCUAGGUUCUUCCUGGGCAUUGCCUUAAUUCCUGAAUUUUGCACUAAAGUGUUGACGGGCCAGUUGGGGAUCUCUUCGGCAAGAUGGGGUUGGUGUAGGGAAUAGGAAUCAAUGCCCAGUGCACACCCUGGGUGGGAGGAAAGAAGGCAAGUGUUGUCAGAUGACCAAAAAACCCAGGAGAAGGGAGAUACAAGGCCAGUUCUUCUAGUUGUCUGCGUUUGGUUGGACUGUCUGCGUGCAGCCUUGUGCCCUGGCGGCAGGGAAAAGGGCACACGCUCCGUGGCACUGCACCUGCUUUCACCCUGUGGGAAAUAAGCAAGCACAGCUGGAGACACUCUGCUUGAGUCAUGGUGCACCUCUCUGAGUGUGAAACUCCAGUUGCAGAGCCCAUGCAAGCCAGCAGCAUCUUUAGCCAGAGCCAAGUUUUGAACCACCACUGCCUGUGAUAAUAACUUGAAAGCGGAGGCGGCAAUAGGGACUGAAAAGAGCAUACGGCAUUGUCACAACCGUAGUGUUAGCUGCCAGCUGCUGGCAUUUCCAAAGGCAUUUUUCAUUGGUCCUCUUGAAGGUACCUGCUGAAACGGUUGCUCACAUUUUGGUAUUUCUAUCUCUGUCUUGAAUUUGCAUCUGAAAAAAUGCUUCAAGUGACAUAUCUGAUGAGUUGCAGUUGAUCUAAGUGUUGUAAGGUAUCCACUGUUUACCAACACUUGUGUAAAUAACCUAGAGAAAUGUAUUUAAAUGUGAUAUGCUGGCAUUUCUACAAGUUCCUUCUUUCCCACAUUUCUUCACCCAUUUAUUGGUACUUCUGUUGAAUUGGAAUUCCUUUGGAAUUUUGACAGGUUGACAGGAAAGUUAGGUUUCAAAUCAGAAAUUUGAAUUGUGUUGAAAGGUUACUCUUAAGAAGACAAAACAUGUUGAUCAUUCCAGGAACUUUAGGCAUCUAGUGUGCAUAUAGUAUGCUGGAAAGACUUGUACUUCAGAAAGGGUACAAUUCCCUGCCCUCUCUCGCCUCACAGCUGAAAGCUCUUUUCUCUUUCUCAAGCUCUGAGUGUUUCUUUUGCCAAAAGCCUUUCCUCCGCCCAGUCUCUGUCUCUCUUUAAUUUUGCUGUCUGGCUUUUUUCCUCCCUGAUAAGAUAUAUAAAUUCUCGAAAGUGGGAUGAGGGUUAUGUUUACUUGCUUAUAUACUCACACAUAUGCCCAGGUUCCGCAUCUUGUAUGUAAUGUAGCUGACCCAUGUCAUUUUUCUAAAGUAAGCAACUCCUAGAUGAAAAGCCUUAUAUGUGUGAUUGAAGCCAACGUAAGUGCAUCUCAGGUGUAAUGGAGAGAUGCAGAUAAUGAUCUGGCCUCUUCUGUCAUGAUCUGGCCCCUGGGUCCCCUUGAUCCAUGCACAUUUCCCAAGCAUUUGGACACCUCAUGGUUUCCCUCUCUUUACACCCUUGGCUUGAUACACUUUCCUCCUCUGCUCUAUCUCAAGGAUGUUGAAUGUUGAAGCUUAAUUUUGCUGUAUCUUGACACCACCUGUCUUUCCUGCCUCAUUCAUGGCAGAAGCACUUCAUUUCUUGUUCUACUUAGGGACCAACAGGAAUAGAGGGUGGUGUUCAGCUCUGUAUGUACAUGGAUUUAAGUAGCAUUGAAACCUGGAAUGCCCGCAGGGUGCAGAUUUUUCCUUCUGCAGUUCUCAUGGAAACCAAAGGUUCAGCACAUCUUUUUUACAGGCAGUCAAAAGCAGCUUGCUUCGUAUUUGCCUGCCAGUGUGAUCAUGCAAGUUCCAGAGUUGCUGGGGGAAUCUCUCCCCAGCCAGGCCACCCACUUCACUCAGUACCUGAGGAAUGCAGCGGCCCUCUUGCUCUGCAAGCUCGGAAACAUCACACUUUUAGGGAAAGAAAAGGAACUUGACAAACAUGAGGCUCCUUCUGCAUUUGUUAAAUAGUUUUUUGUGUAUGUUUACCUAAACUGUGCUCUGAUUCUUAACUGCCAUGUAUUUUUUCACUUCCUACCCCAUUCCUGCAGUAACUUGAUGCCUAGUUGUAUUGUGGAGAACCAACAAUUUAAACAUUGCACUAAAUAUAGCUACAUGCCAGUUUCUAAUCUUUCCUUUCUUUAAAAUUUAUCCUCUUUUCAAACCAAAAACAAGCCCCUUCUGUUCCUGGGGAAUGGUACAAGUGCAGUGGGUCUGUUAUUUGCUUGUCUGUUGUCUUAGCGUAACCCUCUCUCCUUCUUUCACAUUAAACAGCACUCAACUAAAUCUAAGGAAUAUAGUUCUUGAUUUAUCAACUGCAGCAUGUUUUUUAUUCCUUCCACUGCUUUCUUUAUCGUAAAUGUUUUUGCCCUUUUUAAUAAAAUAUUGUCAUGUCAACAUUAGUGGUAUCUAUUUGCCAUUCUAAUAUUUGCAGGUGUCUUAAGAGACGUGUGAGCUUUGAGAGCAAGUUCUCAGGCUAGUCUGGUCAACUCUUGCCACUUGGUUCCACUGGAAAACAGACAUGACGCAGUUGGGCAGAUGGGUGGGGGUGGCUCGAGCGUCUCCCAUUUUCGGAAGGUAGCUUUUCAAAUGUGAGCAGGACAUGAGAGCUGUGUAUCACUCCAGGCUUUUUCCAUAACACUCAGCUUGAGAGUAUCUCUGACAUGUACAAGAGGAUGGCCUUUUCAGAAGUCACUCCUUGCUCAACUGGAACAUAGUCUUUGUUGGGAACUCAUGGUAUACAAUGGAAAGUUAUCGGUUACUCUGGGUCACAGUGCUCCAUUCUGAAGCACAUGGAAUAUUUCUGGAUGCAGCGCAUCUCUGGAUUGGAAGACCAAUAGGUUUUGGCUGUUCUCCACUCCACACUUGUACUUGGACACUCACUGGAGAGCAGCCAUGGUUCUGAGUCUCACACACACACCCUAGAUGGACAUUUGUCUUUUGCAUAAGUUUGGCGCAGUACCCUUGGCCACAGUUGUUAAGCACAAGAGGAGGUGUUUUACAUAGCAAUUUAACCAGCAUAAGAACCUGGCAAUAAAACUAAGAGCCCAAUAGCUGACUUAAUGGAGAAAUAGGAAGACUAGAAGCAAUGAAGCAACUUCCUGUCCAUCUCUAGCAGUAUAUCCUCCCCCCUCCCCCCCGGCCACCAUCGCAGAGAAAAGGUUCGGUAACCCUUUUGGUCAUUUUGAGGUUUCAGAUUCAGUGUUGAUGAACAUAGGAAAGGAAUGCAUGUUUUGAUGAUCCAAUGAUAAUGGAUCGGGCAGAUCUCCAUGCUGCAUCUGGAUGAGGUGCAGAAGCAUUUUUCUUUCAUGUUUGUAAUUUAGUUGAAGAACACUGCAGAAGAUUCUAGUCUGUACUCAGGUUUGUGGGAAAGACUUGGAAUUCCAGGUUAGUCUUGAAUUGAGACCAUUGUUUGUCUUCCAGAUUGGGGAUGGGUGGUCCCAGUGUUUAAAUCAAUAAAUGUAUUAUUGGUGUCAUGCCAAGAGCACACGUGCACUUCUCAGAAAUGAUUCUUACAUGGAGAUGGCCCACAUUUCCAGGUUGCAAGUGUUGACCACAGCUUCCUUGGAUUAAAUCUGAACCAGAGAAUUUCCAAGCCCCUUAAAAACAUUAGAGGGACCCAGAAAACAAGAUGAAUGAGUUCCUUCAUGAGAUCCUUUGCUGUGGUUCCAUUGCCUUUCGAUUUGUCAGCAUUGGUAGCCUGUUUUGAAACUGAAAUUGGGACUCCAUUUGGACAAUCUGACUGCAGAGUUUGGCAUGAGUAUUUGUUUUUCCUUAGCUUGCAUAAACUCCUUCAGUAAACUGCAUUUAUUUCUUGGAUUUCUUGAGGUGGAGCUGUGGCUGGAAUAUCUCUGUGUAUGUAGUAUUAUUAGCAUUCCCCGUUGCAUGUUGUGUGUUAUUUGCUUGGCCAUACUGUGUCUGCAAUUCGGAAGUCAUGGACAUUGUCAAGCUGGGAUGUUUGAUGGUAAUUCAUUGAAGAGCAGUAGGAGUUGCUUUCAUUUCCUUGAAUUCUGUUCACUGCAGAUAUGCCCAAAUAGCAGCCAUCCUGCCGUUCGGCUGGGUGUGUGCUUGUCUUAUAGCAAUAGUUGUUGACUCUGAUUUUGCAGGCACUUCAUAAACUACCUGUGCUCCAAACAAAAUUCUUCUUUGGGAGCAGCAAUAAAGGGGUAAGGUAGGGUUGGGUGAGGGAAAUCAGUUGCUGUGCUAAGAGUUAGUAGUCUAAUAUGUAGCUUGCACUGUUGGGUGUUUUCUGUAUUUUUUCUUUCUGUGUUUUAACUGUAAAUGGAAGGAUUUGGAAGGAUUGCGAUCGGAUCUAUAUGAGUGCUAAUUUCACUCCCAGUGGGGGCUUCCCUCUUGAAAGCCUUUGAUUAUUCACAUGCUCCCCCCCCCUUUUGUCCUUGUUGCUUCUACCAGGUGUGUUAUCUUUUUAAUUUCCCACAACACCCGCCCCCAUUACUUUGCACUUGGACACACAAAUGGUGUGUGUUGCUCAAGGGACAACCUGAUUGUGUUUUUGUUUAUGUAAGGUAGGUGCAGCCAGUACUUUGUAGUGGUUUUCAUAGUAAAGAGUGACUUAAAUGGAGUAUGUUCUGUCUGCAUGAGCCGCUAAUCACUGUGCGUUCCUUUCUGGCUCCUCUCCCAGCAGUUCUCUCCAGUGGUGAGGCAUACGGUAACUGACUGGAAGGAACAUUGUACGCACUGUACUUCUUGGGUUGUUGUAUCAAGAGGUAACUGACUUGUUUAGGUGUAGGAAGCUUCUGUUUGGGCUUCUAAAGACUGACAAAGGUUGUUGGUGGUAGCUGCAGCCUGCCUUUAGUGGAUUAUGGGAACAAAUGAACUAUGCUUCUAUAUUCUAUAUUUUGCAUAGAGUUAGACCAAAUUACUUUCAUUUGGGUAGAAAUAAUGCAAAACCAUAAUUCAAGGGCUCCCUUGAAAAAAAAGCCUCAACUACAUGGAGGGCUCUUGCAGGAUGCCAGUUGGGCAGGUGUUGCACCUGAUGAGGCUGUUUUCAUGUGAAGACCUGGCUGGCAGAUGCUGUAAGACUCAUGGUAGUGCUUUGGCUGGGCUAUAAAAAUGGCCUUGGGGCACCCCAGUUUGGAACACUUUAGGCAGCAGGGCAAUAUUUAAAUAUGGAGAUACGCCGCUUUUCCUUGCUUUUGUUUCUCAGCUGUUGAGUAUGUCUCAGUUUGUUGCAUUUCAGUCUGGGACAAAUUUAGUGUAACCCUUUGUUGCAUUUCAGUCUGGGACAAAUUUAGUGUAACCCUUGGUAGCUAUUUCUUCGCUUGUUGUUCCUGGCAUAUUUUGGAGAGUGGGGAGAACCCCCUCAUUUCCCAAAGGAGAACCUGUACUAUUUCCUCUAAAAAUGGAGGGAGACAAGAAAUACUUGCUCUGCUUGACAUGAAAAUGCUGCUUGUAGGAAGCAGGCCCUUUGUGGACAGAUUGUCUUUCAGGUCCAGUCCGUUCCUUCUAAAGGGACCCAGAGAGGAGUCUAUGCUGGCAUGAAGACAGUGUAGCAUUGCUUAUUUUUGUCUGCUUAUUUUAGACUGUGUUUUAAUCCUUGCUCAGCAUCUCCACAGCAUUUUCUUUAAUUGCACCAAGGCCAGUUAAUUUCAUUUUCAUUAAAAUAAUUGAGCAUUGCUUUUGCUUCUCUGUCUGUUCUCCAGUGAACUGUGGAGAGAAAUUAGUCUUUUGUGGGCUUUCCCUCCACUUUUGUGCUUUACUGCAUUCAGCUGACACUGGUGCGCCGCAGUGUCCCAGGCAUGUUGCAGGUGGUCUUAAGGACAGAGGUGAGCAGCUGAGGUGGUGAAAUCAUUGUUUGCUUAAAUAACUCUUCCCUCCCACUCACACACACCGCCGCUACCAACACACACGCACGCUUGCUUGCUCUCUCUCUCUCUCCCCCCUCCCCCCCAGGAUUUUGGAAACUGGUUUGUUCCAUUAAGUUAAACAUCUGCAUGUAGGAUCAAUUGUCCCCUGUGUUCUUUCCCAGCCCAGUGCAGAAAAGUGCUGCAGGUAGAGGUCUGAGACAUCUGGAUAGGAAGGUGGAUAUUGUCACCUGGAGUGGGGUUACCUUUCAGAAGUUUAUUUAGGGGAAAGAAGGGAGAGCUGGUCUUCACACCUACCUCUUGCAAUAAAAAUGGAGCAGAUUGGGCUUUGUGAAACCCUUUCUUGCUCUUCAUCUUAAACACUAAGGGUAGACAUGGAGUCCAUGCAAGGAAAAAGCCUGAAUGGGGUAGGAGAUCUACAAAUGUUCCUUGCUCUCUGUGGGUCUGUUACCUUCUUGUCCUACAAUAACCUAGUGAGCAUAAAUUUAGGAGGAAUAGGAUCAACACCUUGUACUUAUUGGACCUGCUUGUGUAUUUCUUUUGUGUCGAAUCAUUUUGGGUGGGGUGGGGAAAGAACAGUACUUCUGUUUUCUUCUUCAGAGUACUAAGCCUACAACCUGCUAAUCAAAACCAGCAUGCAAUCAUGUUGUCCUCCUUUGAGGCAGAUGCCUUAACUGGGGGUGGUUUGACUAGGAUUUUUUUUAAUUGCAUGCCUUGUUAUAUAAUAUAUAUAAUGGACACAAGUUGAAAGAGCAGAUGGGGAGGGCAGUAUUGUUCAUGCAGUGGCCAGUGAAGGAUGGGCAUGGGAGCAAAAGUGGAAGUUCUGCUCACAAAGCACGCCUCCCUCCACACAGUGGCUGUUGGGAAGCUUUCACUCACACCGUAGUCUCACUAGUGCUAGGGAAUCUUGGACCAAUGCUUAGGAGAGACUUUUAAAGACACACACAUGCAGGUCAGCUCACUGGCCUGCCUUUUUGCUUGCUGACACAAGAUCUUCCUUUAAACACUGGUUUAAAGCACAAAAUCUCAAAAUGGUCACUGUAUGGUUGUCUUUGGGGGGUAGGUGUGGUUGUGGGGUGGAACCUUUCAAGGCCAGCUCAACCCCCAAAGUCUAGCUCUAAUCCAAAUGCAACAGAGAGUUUCCCCAUGUUCUAAUGUGCAAUCAGAAUGGAUUUUCCCCCUAAAUCCCACCUUACAACCCAGAGGUUUGAGAUGCCUUUGGCAACCUCUUACUGUUAGCAAUUUCUCCCCCCACCCCGCCUCACCUCGCACUUCUGUUUAGGGAUCUCUUGACAAAAUGAAGCACUCGUCUCUCUGUUGAAAAUAAACCCAAAUUCCGUUCUUGGAAGGAAAUGCAGGCAUGUCAAACCUACCACCAUCUCUUGCCCCCUCCCGCCUGGUUGUUCCAUGAAAUAAAAACAAUAUAUGAAAAGUUCUAUAUAAAUAUAUAUUGGAGGACAAUAAAGAAAGCAGAGCUAUCACAAGCCAUCCAUCCUCUUUCCACAUACCCCAACCCUGCACAGCGUGGAAGCCACCUUGUAUAAGCCCCUUACGUGAACCCAGUGAAUGGUUACUUUUUGUCUCGGAUGUUAUAUAUGCAUUUUCAGAAUUUCUGCAUCACCUUUUGGGGGUUGGGGGGAAGGGAGGGAGGGAUCAAACAGGAACUUAAAUGCUAAAUUUAAAAAAAAGCAUUCAGACUUGAUCUAUUUUCUACAAUGUAUGCUGCGACCAGGUCCUGUUACUCAUAUUGUGGCUUUGAAUCAAUUAUGUUUAUUAAAAUGCUGUUGCUUCUA